AUGGCGAACGGGUAUGCUCUUUUCCCAUCAAGAGAGAAGGAAGUAAGCUUUGCCAGCCUAAUGUUUCUGGGAUGGCUCGGUCCGCUUCUUUCGGCCGGGAAAAGAGGAGAUAUUUUGCAAAGCGACCUAGAACGCAUCGAAACCCACCCAACCUCGGCCUUCUUCCCAUCGCCCGAUGCAGAUCCGAAGAAGGAUGAGAACCGUUCUUUUAUGAGGCAAAUGGCCCGAGACACUUCCCUUCGAACCUACCUCUUGUUCGUGUUGGCCGUGAUAUUAGCUGCGUUGACAGCUGCGACUACACUUUGUCAGCCAAUCAUAAUUGGCGCUUUAGUAGCCUUUCUACAGACUGAAAGUCAUACAUCUAUCGGUUCAUGGCUCGUCGUCGCUCUGUUCAUUGACUUCACCCUUCUCAACAUCCUCGUUGCACAGAGUACUCAUAUUGUCGACCAAAUAUCGUUCCGCAUUCGGGCUUACCUCACCUACCGCAUUCACCUCAGAUCUCUAGAGCCAGCGACAUCGCAAGCGACCUCCUCGAACGACGCCGAGAGCGCAAAAGUCACAGUCCUGGCAAAUGUGGAUGUGACACAGGCCGUCUUUGUUCUUAAAGUAAUCCCCGACGUUAUCACCAGUACGAUCAUCGUAGGGGUUGGGGCGUAUCUCUUGUACAACGCCGUCGCCCUGGUCUUCAUCGGGCCUCUGCUCUUGGCCCUCGUGAGUGUCAGUGUUCCGAUAGCCCUCGGUAGCAAAUUGACGAAAAGUCAACGCUACGCUCUGGAGGCUACCGAGCGUCGGAUACGCUCGGUGGGCCAGCUCAUUGAGAAGACGCGAAGCAUUCGCAUAGCUGGGAUGCAGGCCAUGGCUGAGAGAGAAGUGCUUGAAAAUCGCCAGAUCGAAAUCGAGGCAAUGUCUCUGUACCGGAAAUUCCUGAUCGGAGUGGUCUUUGCCUCGGACUCUGUGAACGGCCUGUCACUUCUAGUGACCUUUGGCAUCUACGCAGCUAUCAACGGAGCAAACUUGGACUACUCGACUCUAUUCACAGCUCUUUCGGUUAUUUCUAUCAUGCUCGGAUCAUUUCCUACCCUCAUCCAGAUGCUUCCGGCAUUGUACGAAGGUGUUGUCAGCUGGGGUCGCAUUAUAGCCUACGUGAAGCCCAAAGACAGGUCGUCUGAAAGGCAUAACGACGCCACAGGGAUGGAGACCGCUGUCAGCGGGCUCAUUCGCCUGGAAAAGGAAGCCUCUACCUUAGCAAGAUUUUCCGAGGCAUCUUUGGCUUGGGGCGUUGAAGCAAUCAUUCAUAACGUCUCCCUCACCAUUAAGAAGGGAACAAUGACUGUAGUCACGGGCAGCUCAGGCUGCGGCAAGUCGAUCAUUUUGAAGUCUCUCGUGGGAGAGGUUCGCAUCUCUGCAGGCAUGUUACAGUUGGGCACCAACAAGAUUGCCUUCUGCGAUCAGUCUCCAUACUUCUUGGCCGGCCGCACUGUCCGCCAAAACAUCAUCUUGCAGCGCCCCUUCGACGGUACACUCUACUCAGCUGUUCUCAGCUGCUGCUGCCUCGGGCCCGAUAUUUCUCGGUGGUCAAGUGGUGACGAGACCAUCGUCGUCGACAGCGUGGGGACCUCUCUCAGUGGAGGUCAGAGGAAACGACUGGCCCUCGCACGAGCGUUAUAUCAUGAAGCAGAUCUUUUAAUCCUCGAUGACGUCUUCACGGGUCUUGACGCCAAGACCAUAAGAGAUAUAAAUACAGCCUUGUUUGGCCCGCGGGGUUUUAUCACCCAAAGAAGACAGGAAAUGGCUAUCCUGGCUGCCAUGCCUCUGGAAACGACAACGAUACCAUCAAGUUUCGCCCAUGAAACACUCUCGAUCGUGGAAGGAAUGCUUCGACGGACUGAGGCAAUUGACACUGAUCAACAUCCAUCAGUCAUGGACUUGGAGGGACCCUCUACAGUCGAAGAUAAUACUGACUCAACAGCUCACUCUCGACCACAGGUGGAGGCUGAAGAAAAGAGUUCAUCAACGGAAACCGGAAAGGUAAAAACUCUCAACACAGAGACCACGCCAACGGCUGCAGAUGCCGCUCAGUCGCCUCGAGUCAAAAAGACACAGUUCUUGAUGCGUGAUUUCGGGAAUUACAUGAAGUCAUUUGGAGCAUGGAAUCUUGCGGUAUCCAUAGCAGCGACGUGUGUUGUCUCCGGCAUAAACAAAGCCAGCCGAAAAUAUCAAGCUGGCGACUAUUCGAGGUCCCCUGGCUUCUACAUCGGGAUAUACUCUCUCAUUGUCGGUUCGGGGUUUAUCGGUAUCCUUGUGGCCUGCGGUGUGUUCUUCCUCCGGAUGAUACCAAAGUCUGCAGUCUCAAUUCAUAGGGAUAUGCUCGAUGUCUUGGUCAGCUCUUCCGCCAGCUUUCUGGAGACGAAUGGCGCAGAAACUCUCAAUAGAUUUACAAACGACGUCAAUGUUCUUGACCUCGCUCUUCCCCUGGCUGUUCUCAACUCGACAUGGGCCAUCGCCGCCGUUCUGGCAUCAAUGGGUGUACUGGCUGCAGGUUCCGUUUACACUCUGAUCAGCCUCGCAGUCUCUCUUUUUGCCCUCUACUUCAUCCAGCGCAGCUACCUAUCCACCUCUUCACAGCUUCGAACUCUACAAAUUGCUUCACAAGCACCUGUGAUCGGAACUUUGCGAGCAAGCUGUGACGGACGUGCGACGAUUCGAGCCUUCAAUUUGCAGGACAGCGCAUCCAGCACUCUCGUCAAUCAGGUCUAUCAGGCCAGCAAGUCAGCAUAUCUCUUUCGAUCUCUACAGUCUUGGCUUUUUCUUGUGAUUGGACUUCUUGGCGGUGGGGUUGCGGGAACGCUGGCAGCCCUCCUGGUCGGGCUAAAGUCCAAGGUCAACGUUGGCUGGGCUGGCGUUGCUCUGGUGAACACAAUUACACUAGGAUCUGACUUGAAGAUGCUCAUGAAUUGGUUGACUCUUCUCGAAGCACAAUUGGGCGUCGUUCGACGCAUCAGGGAGUUUAUUGCAACAACCCCUAGCAAGAACCGUCGAUCGGCAAACGGUGCUGGGGCGCAUGUGGAACAGCUAAUAGGUGACUGGCCUUCUAAAGGUGAGGUCGUCCUUCGUGAUGUUUCGGCGGCGUACGGUGAUCAUAAGGUUCUCACCAACGUAUCAAUUCACAUCCGAUCCGGCGAAAAGAUUGCCUUAGUUGGAAGAACCGGGAGCGGGAAAAGCUCUUUGGCUCAACUUCUGUUUGGGCUAAUAACAAAGACCGGCGGCUCCGUCCACAUAGACGGUGUCGACUUAGAUACGGUCUCACCUCAAUUGCUUCGCCAGAGACUUGUCGGAGCACCUCAAUUCUCAUUCUACAACGGACAGGCUAGCGUCAAGACAAAUCUGGACCCCGGCGAUGACCACUCUCUUUCUGAUGUUGUGGACAUGAUUAGACUUAUGUCAGUCGGUUUGUCGUACAAUGGCCGAGACGAAGCCAUGAUUGACGUCGAUCAAGCAUGGGAAUCUUCUCGGUACUCUUCAUUUGGUUGGCAACAGCGCCUUGGUAUUGCGAGGGCGUUGCUGAGAAGAAGCGCUCUGUAUGUCAUGGAUGAGCCUACAAGUGGGAUGGAUACUAUGACCCAUAAGGCCAUGAUCCAUAACAUUCUCAGCACCCAUCCUAAGAGUACAAUGAUUAUUGUGACACAUCACACUGAGGGGCUAGACAUGUUCGACAGAGUUCUAAGGGUCGAUGAGGGGAAGAUAGCGUGA